CUGAACGAUGAAGAUAGAGAAAGUGAGAAGUGUAAAACAAAAAGAAAAAUAAGAAAAAGAUCUAUGUGGGUUCAUCCCGGUUUCUUUUAUAGAAUUUAUGAAGUAAAUUGAAGUUUAUACGAAUGCGUGCGCGAGACGAAUAAAAAAUACAGCUCUUCACUUCCUUAUCAUUGAUAUCAGCUGAUUUGUUUUUUAUUGUUUUAUUUAUUUUAUCUUUUGUUAUCAGGCUCAAUAAGCGGAGCUCGUAAAAAUCGACAUUUCCGCCAAGAUCGUAAAUUAUGAAAAGAAACAGUGGCGUAGCCAGAGGGAGACUAAGGGGGCUGCAGCGCCUCCUCGAAAUUAAUUUUCUGGAUUACGCUAAGUAUGAGAAAAAUUUUUUCAAAUGACCUUUUUUGUUCGUCAAAAAUAAGAAGUACAGCCCCCCUUUUUUUCUGGUUACGCCACUGAAAAGAAACGACGCACACAAACAGCUUAGUAAUUGCGAACAUUAUCUAUCAAUCCGCAUCUAUCUGCUUAUGAUUUCCAUAUUAAAUAAUAGCUGACUCGUAUUACUCGUCAAAUGUAAUUAGAAUAGAAUUACGUGGCUAUUAAUAAUCUACAUAAUUAUAUACAUAAUCAACGACGCGAAAACCGCCCCAUUGCAUAAAACAAAAUUUCGCCGCAACUCAGAGGAGGAAUUCACCGCGAGUCCACAUCAGCGAUUCUCGCUGUUCUUCAAUUUACGAGUGCCUUUAGAAAUUCCUUAUUUAUCGCAAACUCUUAAAAUGAUGCUUUAAAAAUGGAAAGUAGUACAUAUCGUUCCGCUAUUGUUCAAGAAAAUACAUGAAACAGAGCGCGAGGAUGGCGUUACAGAAUUUUUAACGCGCAUCUUUCUCAUGAAUCAUUUGUUGAAAAUCACCUUAGAGCCGAAUAUAUUCAAAAGGCGAAAGGGGCUUAGUUGAAAGGUUCGAGAUCCCUUUUGUAAGCUAUUCUCGGCUACCCUCCAUCCAAGGAUCAGUCCAAGUAAAUUACUCAGUCCGUAUGGAAAGCUGAGUGCGUCAGUUGUUGAAUGCGACCAUUUAAAUCUAACAACGAGAGAAUAAAAUCGUUAACGUAGACGAGACGAGAUACUUGUCGGAACAUUCUCCUGAGAAUUCGGCUAAGAUGAAACUGUAACGACUUAUCGUAUGAUGUAAUCUACAGGAAUCUCUCCGUUUGUUCUCUUUGUCUUCUUCAUUGAGUUUUCGCCUGAGUUUCCGUCUAGUCUCCAAGCAACAGAAAAUUAGUUGUACGCGACUCUUAAUUCCGCGUAUAAUAUUUUUAUUUUAAUUUCUUUGUAAUAUUCUCCUAUAUACACCUCGUACUUUGAUAGAAAACUUUUCGUUAGUGUUGUGAAAAAUUCUGCCUCAGCCAGAAGUCGAACUUGGACUUUCCAAACUUUAGACUCUGCCGCUAUUAGAUUUAAAUUAUCGCGCUCAACAUCGAGCGACUGCUUUUAGUGGCCAUUCCUUCUUACUGGUUGUGGUGUCUUGGGAACCUUUUCAAAACCUUUGCUCGAGCAGGUCAGGUAUAGGUUCGUCUUCUAAGAUCGAGUGUCCCCUCUAGAUACUUGUGCAUCGUAACUGUCCAUUGAGAAGUUCACGACGCCCAUAUUUUUCCUCGUGAAAAUCGAACGUCGUGUAUUUAGCUCUUUAUUUCUCAGUCUUGAGACACUUGAGUUUGAUCAUUGUCGUAUCGUAUCCUCAUAAUAUCAUUCAUCUUCACGAAUAUCAGUACAUCGAUUGGGAAAUCUGUUUUGUGAUGGCCUGCUGGUAACAAGUCUUUCGUCAAUUGUUAUCAAAGAAGACAAACAGACUCCUUCGAGGUGAAACGAGGACACGUAGACAGACAGGAACGUGUUCUAAGGCUGCGUGUCGAUCUGCCCGAUCGGCAGCUGUCGGUUUCUCAAUAGUGCUACGUAUCAAUUCAGUUCGGCGUAUGGAAGCAAGAUAUACUUGAGUCGAGGGAAUGAACUGUAUGUCCAUCUGUUUGCGCAGUUGAAGUGAAUCAUGCUGGAAUAAUCAUAAUAAUACUUUUGAUGCAUGAAUGGCACGCCUGUGCUUCGCAAUUUUUCGCUAAACGCAUCGUUCAGUGCCGGAAGACCACGUAUUUCGUCGUCUCGUAUAACAACUAUUGGAGGAAAUUAUAGGUUUCGUUCGAAGAGCGUGUCUCGGAAAGCAGCGAAGGUGCAUUCGAUCGUCAUCGAAUUGCAGCCGGUAUCAACGUUGUCGCACACCUCUGCGUGACUGUCACGCGUGUGUCAGGCAGUGAGCGGAUCUCUCUUGACCGGCGCGGAUUAAAUUUCAAAAACCUCACGGCAUUCUCGGAGUUCGGCAGAUUAUCCGAUAUAUGCUGUCACAUCGGGCACAGCGGCAGGCUCGCCCAAGGGUGAUCAGAGAGAGGAGCAGUUCGAUCGUACUGAGGAACCGGCGGCGGACCCGACCAGCCCGGAGAUGGGUUGUUGUGGCUGUGCGGACGAGCCAUCGUCCAAAGUGGAGCCCACAACUCCCGAGAGUCAAGGCUCGCCAUCGAGCUAUUCGGAGCAGAUCUUUGUGAAGGAUCGAUCAUGCACUGAUAUUUUGGCUCUGAUCGUCUUGCUCGUUCUCGUUGGUGGCUUUGCCUUCAUGGUGACGAACGUGGCGAAGAAGGGUGACAUUUUCCGUGUGAUAAACGGAUACGACGAUUGCGGUAACGUCUGCGGCCGCGUAACUCCGCCUGAAACCGACCCGAAAUUCUGUAAAGGCGCCGAUAUGACCAACAAGCGGUAUCUCGAGGUGGAAAUGGGGCUGAAGGGAGUGCAACAUCGCAAGUGUGUGGAGAGCUGCGACUCAACGGCAGACAAACCGAAAAUGCUGUUCCUGAACCGUUGCGUGCAAAAACAGGCAACUGACACCAUCCAUUCAAUAAUAAGGAAUCUUGGCUUGGAUAGCUUUUACAGAGAAGCGGUCAGCGAUCUGGGGGUUGCUUGGCGCGAAUUGAUCUAUCUCCUGCUCAUAGCAUUGGCCAUCUCGCUCGCCAUCCUGGUGGCUUUCCGCUAUAUGGUGCAAUGGAUCAUUUAUAUCGUAUUGAUCGGCGUAAUUAUCGCCUGCAUCGGCGGCACGACGUAUCUCUGGUUAGCGUGGUACAAUGAAAAUGCGGCCGUAAAAGCGAACGCGAUACUCCCCGAGGAUUCCAGCGUGGAGCCCUACUUCAUCUACGCUAUUAUUAUGUCGGUCGUUACGGCUAUCACGCUUCUGGUGGUCCUGGUGAUGAGGAAACGGAUCGCGCUGGUCAUGCAGCUCUUCCGGGAGGCGGGCAAGGCGGUGUGCGCGAUGCCGGCCUUGCUGUUUCAGCCGAUCUACACGUAUCUGCUGAUCGGUCUCACGGUGGUAGCGUGGAUGUAUUGUAUGCUGUGGAUCGAGAGCGCCGGUGACAUUUAUGUCAAUAAGAAGAAUCACAUUCACUUCCGCAAGGACGCCUUACUUAUUGCGACGAGGUGGUACAAUCUGUUCCUGUUCUUCGUGUCGUGCGAGUUUUAUUUGGGUUGCCAACACUUGGUCGUCGCUUGCGCCGUCGCUCGGUGGUUCUUCACGAGGGACAAGAAGCGCCUCUCCCUCGCGGUGACACGCGGUUUCGGCUAUCUCAUGAGAUAUCACUUGGGCACCGUCGCCUUCGGAUCUCUGAUAAUAGGCAUCGUUCGGCUUAUCAGAGCCAUGAUUUCUUUCGUUCAAAAUCAUCUGAAGCGUUAUGACAACAGCUGCGUGAAAGGGAUACUCUGGUGUUGUCAAUGUUGCCUUUGGUGCUUCGAGUGCGCUCUGAAAUUUCUCACUAGGAAUGCUUACAUCGAAACAGCUAUAUACGGGUGCAACUUCUGCACGGGCGGAAGGAAGGCCUUCCAGGCUUUAUCAAGCAACAUUCUGCGAGUAGCAGCAAUCAACAGUGUGGGUGACUUCGUCCUGUUCCUGGGUAAAGUUUUGGUUAUCACCUUGACCGUUAUUUCGGGGAUAUAUUUGAUGCAGAAAAAAGAUGGUCUCCAUCAUCCUUGGGUGCCGAUCACUAUCGCAGGAAUAUUCGCGUUUUUAGUCGCGCAUUGCUUCAUUUCUAUCUAUGAGAUGAUCAUCGAUACGAUAUUUAUAUGCUUCUGCGAAGAUUGCGAGAAGAAUGACGGUAUCGGCCGGCCUUACUUCAUGAGCCGCGGCUUGAUGGAGUUCGUGGAGAACAGUAAGAAAGCUCUGAGACAUUUGGAUCAGCGGCAGGAAGCCGCUACGUAACAAGCGUCAAGGAUCGUUCGAAUGAUUUUGUGAUAUGGGAAAGAGCAGUGUUGCGCGAAAACUCGAAUAUCUCAGUUAAAAACGCAAGACUGAAAGAGACGUGGAGAACGCAUGUUGGAAUUUGACGUGCAGAAUGAAUAGUGAAUUCUCCCGACGAAUUGGGUGAAUCGCGGAGCAGAGAAACACGCGCAAAGAAACGGGAUUUUUCUUUUAUAUGUAACACGCACAAGACACGUCUUCUCUUCUUAUACAGCCCAGUUACCGCAGUUAUUCCACGUCAAUAUGACGUGGUAAUUGUACAAUCGAUCGUAUCGCCAAUCGAUCUGAUGGACUGAUUUACAUUACGAAGAAUGUUUGCGAGUCAUUCUAUAUUUUCGAAGUUCCUGUUUCUAAAAAUAUUUAUGGCCGCUACGAUAACGUUGAAUACUUUUUUAUAUGAACACAGAGAGAGAGAUAUUACGAACUUAGUUAACUUAGAUACGAUAAGCAUAUAAUGAUUGUUACGAGCACGCCGAUUGGCAGUCCAAAUUCAUUUCGAAUCAUUCGAGAUGAUCAACGAACAAAUUUACUUAUGAGGCGCCUGUCUCGCACUCGAGCGUAUGAGAGUCACUCACACAGGUGUUACUAUUUUACCGUUGUAUAUACAUUUCUUUUUAUAACCAAGUGCCUACACAUAAGCUAGAUUUCGUUAGAGUCCACUUUGCGAGGCUUAUAUUCGUGACACACAUGCGCGCGUACAUAGAAUUCUAUUUAUAGUUCUAUACGCUGUUUUUUGCAUACACGGGAUAAAAUUAAAGAUUUACAGAUGUACUCUUGUUGCAACACGCACGUAUAAUUGGAAAUCUUGAAAUGCUCUCUUGUAAAUCGAAUUUUGCCUCGAUUUCUGCUUCGUCGCGAAUUACGGCUCGUCCAAAGUGGCCUCGAGCCGCGACAGUCCAAUUUUAGUACAAACGCCAUUAAUAAGACAUGAGAACAAGCUCGAUAGAAGCUCGCCGUUGAUUACGAUACAGUUAUGUAAUUUCGGAAGAGAUCUAUAAAGAUAUAUAAGCAGAGAUUAUAAUAUUGUAUGCGUAUUGUGAAAUGAUUAGUGUAUGAAAGUUAAAGAAUAUUAUAAAGAAUUUACGGCAGA